GUUUGCCGUUGUUGGUCCACGAGUAUGCAGUGGAAUUAUCGUCUCCGACAAUUUAUUUUCUCAUUGGAUUUGCCGACCUCUCCUUUCUUGUUUGUUCCCAAACAAGAAUGAAUAUUCAUACAGUUGUAGGCCCACAAAAAUAGUUUUAUUUAUCCGUUAUACAGAAAAAAAAGGAGGGACAAUCUCCUUUCUUCUUCUUCAUCUUCUUGAUCUGUGUGAUUCAGCAUUCUAGGGUUUCCACUUUGAAGGGAAAUGGCGCAAAAUGGACUUGGAAUGGAUCCCGUUGUCCUCGACGACAUAAUCAACAGGCUUUUGGAAUCUAGGCAAACUAGAACUCUACGGCAAGUUCAACUCUCUGAGGCCGAAAUCCGCCAACUUUGCACCACUUCUAGAGAAAUUUUCCUCCAACAACCAAAUCUAUUGGAGCUCGAAGCUCCCAUCAAAAUCUGCGGAGAUAUUCAUGGCCAAUACGGCGAUCUUCUGAGACUAUUUGAGUACGGUGGUUUUCCUCCUGACGCAAACUAUUUGUUCUUGGGUGAUUAUGUGGAUCGUGGGAGACAGAGUCUGGAAACAAUAUGUCUUUUGAUUGCUUAUAAGAUUAAAUAUCCAGAGAACUUCUUUCUGUUAAGAGGAAAUCAUGAGUCUGCUUCUAUCAACAAGAUAUAUGGAUUUUACGAUGAGUGUAAACGCAGGUUUAAUGUUAGACUCUGGAAAGUUUUUACUGAAUGUUUUAACUGCCUUCCAGUGGCUGCUCUAAUAGAUGACAAAAUCAUUUGUAUGCAUGGUGGUCUUUCUCCUGAUCUAAUAAGUUUAGAUCAGAUAAGAAACUUACCUCGCCCAACUGAUAUUCCUGAAUCUGGUUUGCUUUGUGAUUUACUCUGGUCUGACCCCAGUAGAGAGAUUAGAGGUUGGGAAUCAAAUGAUAGAGGAGUUUCGUACACAUUUGGAUCAGAUAAGGUUGCAGAGUUUUUGAUGCAGCAUGAUAUGGAUCUUGUUUGCCGGGCUCAUCAGGUUGUGGAGGAUGGUUACGAAUUCUUUGCUGAUAGACAGCUUGUGACGAUAUUCUCUGCCCCAAACUAUUGCGGAGAGUUUGAUAAUGCAGGUGCAAUGAUGAGCGUAGAUGAAAGCUUGAUGUGCUCUUUCCAGAUUUUGAAGCCUGCUGAAAGAAGGCAGCGAGGUUUUUAUGAAUGAAGAUGCACAUGAAUUUGGUUCUAAUGAAUCGCUGACUGAUGUCGGGUGAAGAAGAAGAAGAUAGGCUGGAGAGCCCUUCAUCCAUUACUCACUAUGUAUGUAAUAUAAUAUCUCAAGGCUUUGAACAACUUGCUGAAAUUGUGUGUGUGU